AUGGCAAGCCUGCCAGAGCGUCCGCCGCGCUCUCAUGGCUCCAUUCGAGAUGACAUAGACCUUGACGAGAAUCGACAUCGAUCUCGCACCGAAGGACGCGCGCAUUCAUCUGAACGACGACAGUCUCCACCCCGACGACGGCCACGCUCGCCGGAUCAUGAUAGCCAAAAGGCUCGCUCCUCACGGGCUCGCUCAAGGCACUCUCCAGACACGAUCCAACGCAAUACUCGACAGUCUCCCAGCGGUAGCGAUACUCGCCGUCCGGCUGAUGCGCAGGAUUUGAUCCCCCGAUUCAGAGACAAGCAACAACGUGACCCAGAAUUGGGCGAGAGCCACCGUCGACGCAGCCGAAGCCGCGGCCGUGACAAGGAAUCCCCGUCUGCCCCCAAAAGGCACAGAAGCAGGACACGUUCGCCCAGCGAUCGUCAUCGCAAACGAUCUCGAAGACAUUCUAGUACCUCUCGAAGGGAUCGUGGCCGCGACAAGAUCAAGGACAUGGACAAAGAACGCAGUCGGUAUCGUGAAAAAGAUCGCGACCGUAAUCAUAGCUCGAAACACAGUCGUCGUCACUCGCCGCACGACAGGCGACGGGAUUCGCCUCGUGCUCACGCGUCGCCUACCCAGGACGACCAUUCUUCGUCGCGAUCGAACAGACACCGCGAAGAUUCAGAAGCACCGCGUGACCAGGCAUCACGCCGCGACAGACACGAAUCGAGACACUCCAGGAUCGACGAAUCUGAUCGUUUUGGUCACCAAGACUUUCCGAUGGAGCGGCCAAUCGAACUCUCCAGCCUUGCACCUCUCGAAUCUGUAAGCCUCCACGACAGCGAGGCACGUCCUCGCGAGCGCAGAGGUAGAACCCGUUCUCCAUCAAGCCGAGGAAACAGGAGAGGUCGACGGCCUACACCCGAUGGCCCUGCCGCUGCCUAUUUUGAUGAGGAAAUGCGUCAUCGCGAUCCGUAUCGCGGCGACUACGACUACGCACAUGGCCGACACUACCCCCCUCCUGACCCGAGAUAUCCACGUUCUCCUCGUGGGGCCUCAUACCGUGCUUCGCCGCCCCGUUCACCUCAUCCCCCCAACCGGCGUGGUAGAUACCAGUACCACCAAGGCCCGGGAGAUUACGACAUGCCGCCACAGGAUGGGCCUUACGGGCCACCCCCGGGAUCUUAUCGUGGAGGAUACCAUGGCGGGAAUCAUCGUGGAGCUCCAUUCAACGGUCGUGGCGGUCCACGUGGCAUGGGCUACAAAUCGUCACAAUGGGGUGGUGGUUCAGGACAUGGUCAAUCAGGGCCGCCGGACGAGCUCAACGAUCAGUAUCGCUCACCGAACGAUUAUGCGGACCAGCCAUUGAGAGAACCGGAGCCUGAAGACGCUAGCAUCGAUGAGGCUUCAAAGGCGUCGGACACGAAUGGCAGUCACCCUCCUAAUGCACCUACUGGGCCGUCGGGCUCGGGGCGUCCGCCGCCGACUGGACCAAGCAACAAGUUUAGCUUUGCUUUCAAGGGGCCCUCGAAACCAACUGCGCCCAAACCCGAGAUAUCCCAGAAGUUCAACGCCCCUCCACGGAGGAGGUUGUCGCUCGACAGGGCAGACAGUGAUAGGCAACCUCCCGCUUCCGCGCCGACUGAACCCGCCUCAGCCAGAGGGCGACCUGAUCCGAGGUCGCUGCCACCUAUACCUGACGGCCCCAGAGUCGUACCGCGGAUGCGCAAAGUGAAAAAGAUAAUGCGGCGACCAAAACCUCGCCCGACACUCCCCUCGGAGCAAGCGAUUUCGGAGUCUGUCUUCUUCCGCAAGCCUGGCAACGAGUCUGUGAUUGGGUCCGGCACGUACGGCAAGGUCUUCAAGGGGUUGAACGUGUAUACAAAGGACCUUGUCGCCCUCAAGCGCUUGCGGAUGGAAGGCGAAAGGGAUGGGUUCCCCGUGACAGCGGUGAGGGAGAUCAAGCUGCUGCAGUCGUUGAGACAUCUCAACAUUGUGAAUCUUCAGGAAGUCAUGGUCGAGAGGAACGACUGUUUCAUGGUUUUCGAAUACCUUUCCCAUGACCUUACGGGCCUCCUCAACCACCCCAGCUUCACCCUGAACCCGGCGCAGAAGAAGCAUCUUGCGAAGCAGAUGUUUGAUGCCCUCGAUUAUCUACAUGAUCGCGGGGUCCUGCAUCGGGAUCUCAAAGCAGCCAACAUCCUUGUCAGCAGCGAAGGCAUCCUCAAACUAGCUGACUUUGGCCUUGCUCGAUUCUUCGCCAAGCACCAUCGACUGGAUUACACCAAUCGCGUCAUCACCAUCUGGUACCGCUCCCCGGAGCUACUCCUUGGAGAAACGCAGUACACCGCGGCCGUCGAUGUCUGGAGUGCGGCGUGCGUCCUGGUGGAGAUCUUUGUCCGGCAGGCCAUCUUCCCCGGAGACGGUACCGAACUCAGCCAACUCGAUAAGAUCUACGGCAUCCUCGGUACGCCCAACUUGCGGGACUGGCCUGGUCUGGUCGACAUGGCCUGGUUUGAGCUCCUCAAACCAACUGUCAAGAGGAAGAACGUGUUUGCGGAGAAAUACGAGGACCGAGUCACGCCCAAGGCCUUUGAUCUCCUCAAGCGCAUGUUCCAGUACGAUCCCGCUAAACGCCCCACAGCGGCCGAGGUUCUACAACAUGACUACUUCCUCACGGAAGAGCCUUUGCCAAGACAGGCAGUAGAACUCGCUGAUAUCGAGGGUGACUGGCACGAAUUCGAGUCCAAGGCGCUUCGUAAGGAGAAUGAACGAAAGAAUCGUGAGGCGCGCAAGGCCAACGCCGCCCGCGACAAGGAGAAGAAACGAGCUGCGGAGACCGAAGAUGCUGCUGCGCCCGAGGCCAAGAGACCCCAUGUUGAUCUUGGUGCCGAGGAAACUUCGGAGGUUGCGUAGGAGCAUCGGCCCACAGUGGUGAUACCGGCACGGACAGUUUGAAUAGGGAGUUAUAGGGGAAAGUUGUUUAUCUCAUAUGGUCCAUUGGUGUCUGGUUAGAUCACACUUUAUACGGCGUUUGGGAACGGGCAUUUCCGAGACAGGCAGCAAGGGAUGGUGGGCGCGGGCGAAGUAUGUACAACAUCCAUAUAUACCCCUGGGGGGCAAUAAUCCUCUCGGUAAGAGUCAUGGUGCACAC